AUGAUCCAUGUUUUUCGAUUUCUCAAGAAACGACCUUCCAAAAAGCGUACCACUAAAGAAUCCCGCAACAUGACUGCUUCAACCUGUGAUGCACAGACCCCAUCAACAUCCGAGAUAACGACCAAGGGAUCAGAAGAUAGCUCCAUUCGCCAUCGCACUGAUAGUAACGGCCGCCGCUUUCGUGAUGAUGUCGCCUAUGUUUUGCCUGUUGAUGAUACCGAGAUGGAUCGUGUGCACCAACAACACUGGAUGUUGAAAGUGUUAUUUGACGGCAACUUUAAGGCACCCGUAGAAUCUGCACUUGAAGAGGGCAUGCAGGUUUUGGAUUCUGGUUGUGGACCUGCCACUUGGACUCUCGAGUUGGCCAACACGUAUCCGAAAUCUACUUUCCAUGGCACCGAUAUCUCUUCUAAUUUCCCAAAAACCAUCAAGCCCGCCAACUGCAACUUUUACGUCCACAACAUAACCGAACGCUCUGAAUUCCAAGGCAACUACUUUGGGUUCAUUCAUCAGCGCCUCCUUGUAGCUGGUCUUUUGGUUGAUGAUUGGGAAAAGGUGUUACAAGAACAUUGGCGUACGCUUGCACCCGGUGGCUGGAUCGAGUUGAUGGAGUUACCGGUUGCAAAGACCGUCAACAUUGGUCCAAAGCUCGCAGCAUUAUUCAACAUUUUCGUUGAAAUGUGUAAAGCAAAAGGGCUACAUUGGCAGAUCACCAACCAUCUCGAAGGAAUGCUUGAGCGUCUUGGAUUCGUCAAUAUCAAGGUUCAAGAAGUAGAGCUACCGAUCAAUCACGAGAGCACCGUUAGCAAGCUUGCAUGGGAGGACAUGUUGGAUUUAUACAAGGCCAUCAAGCCGGUCAUUGUUAAGAGCAUGCCCGAGCUAGCAGAUGAUGAACGCUAUCUUGAAUACCUGGAGGCGUGUGGAGAAGAGUGCAACAAGAAUAAGAUGUUCGGUUACUUUUAUCGCAUUUGGGGUCAGAAACCACCCACGGCAUAG